CAGCGUCUGGCUGCGUUUAGGGUUAAGUGUACGCGCCGCACGACUACACAGAUAACAAGUAUCGGGUGCGGAGGUGAUUCACGGAAGAUGUUGAAACAUAGGACAUAGCACGUCACUGAGAGACAGGUGACAUCCGCUCGAAUAGUCUGUUCCCAGGCUAUACCGCUGCGGCUACCGUGAGCGUGCAUAUACCAUUUGCCGACAGUAUAACGUCAUACGUGUGAGGCUGUUCGUCUGAUCGCUAAUUGUCCUCACCAAACAACGUUUACCGGAGGAAAGCAAACGUGAUAUCCGAAGCAUGGCAGCACAGUCAGAUUCAGUUGUAAGACAACUGAACAGGUUGCACAUCAGCCACAUGACACCGCAACAGUAUUCGCCACAGCACAGCAAGAAACCUGCCCCUGUGGUUCCUCCCAAGCCGAAGAAGCUGGCAGGAAGGGCACCUCCAGUGCCAGGUGACCAAGUGUAUGCAAACUGUGGUCCGCCCUCGCAAAACGCGACCGUCAAGUUGUCGGCCCUCUCCAAAGCUGAACCUCAGGCAACUCCUGCGUCAGCCGUGGUGGCCGACACGGGGGACCUUCCCCCUCCGCCCCCUCCCGUGUCUGGGCGGCCAACGGUACCCUGUGACGUGCCCUCUUAUUCGGCAGCCAACCAGCCCCUCGUCUCUUGUUUGGCAUCGUACUCUGAGGACCUGCUCCCGCUUCCUCCUCCGUCACCACCUCGGUCGCCCGACAGCCUCACGUACGGCACGACACAAUCGUCCGCCUCCUUCCAGAAUUUUAGACCACAAUCCGCAGCUAGCACUUAUGACACUGGUUCCAUUUAUGAGCCGAUAGUUCCACGGCCACAGAGCCAGAUGUCAGGGUACAGCAGCACGGGGUCAUCCUUGUAUUCCUCCUAUUACCCCGGCAGAACACUGGGGAAGCCAGGUGGCCACCAGAGGCAAGAGGCAGAGGUUGAUCACCUCACCGACCUUCUUGUUCAAAGCAUGGAGAACUCCGGCGAUCCAGACUUCUUCGGCAUGUGCUACAAAUGUGGUGAGAAAGUCCUUGGAGAAGGCAGUGGGUGCACCGCCAUGGAUCAAGUGUAUCACAUAAAAUGUUUCACCUGCUAUGUGUGUGCAAAGGAGCUUCGUGGGAAGCCGUUUUUUGCCAUGGAUGGGAAACCUUACUGUGAAGAUGAUUACUUGAACACCCUAGAGAAAUGCUGCGUGUGUGAGAAGCCAAUUCUAGACAGAAUCCUGAGAGCAACUGGCAAGCCAUACCACCCAGCGUGCUUCACAUGUGUAAUGUGUGGAAAGUGUCUGGACGGCAUCCCGUUUACCGUGGAUGCUACCAACCAAAUACACUGCAUCGAUGACUUCCACAAGAAGUUUGCUCCGCGGUGCUGCGUUUGCUCUCAGCCCAUAAUGCCAGAGCCUGGAAAAGAAGAAACAGUCAGAGUAGUUGCCCUGGACAGAAGCUUCCAUAUCAACUGCUACAGAUGCGAAGACUGUGGGCUCCUGUUGUCCUCCGAAGCAGACGGAAGAGGCUGCUACCCCCUCGACGACCACAUACUCUGCAGGGCAUGCAACGCUCGUCGUGUGCAGACCCUCACGUCGCGGAUGGUCUCCGAGCUUUGAACUCUGUUACGCUGUGGACUGAAUGUUCAGACUUACUGUGAUAAGUUUAGCAUCUUACCCGUGCUUACCUUGCUUGGUGUCAAAUCGUCUCUCCCACAGCUUUUUCUUUUAGACAACUAGAUACAAUGCAUAUACUUAAUGUCCCGCUGGCGCAAUUGUACAUAUGUAACUGUGACAAAAUACUUGCGAAUAAAUCUUGAAAGCACAA